GUCUAGACCACCGACCCCCAAAUCUACCGCUAACUAGUAUUGACCAUGGACGCACUCAAGGCUGAAAUCGCCUCGAAACGAAAAGCACUGGAGGGCGGUUCCUCUGAACGGCCAACAAAGUAUAUGCGCCGUGGCGACCUCGAACGAUUGAAGGAGGAACAGGAACGCAAAGAGCGAGAAGAAGCAGAGGCCAAGGAACAAGCGACCAGGGAAGAGGCAGAAGCAAAGGCGGCUGCAGCAAAGGCAGCGAAAGCUAGUGCCAGGUCGUCCAACUCUCCUCAUCCCAGUUCACUAGCACGCGACACUGACUCACCCAAACCCGAAUCAUCAUUCAACAUCUCCGUCGAAGAGACCAUACGCCGACUGCGAGCCAAGGGCCAGCCAAUACGACUAUUCGCCGAGUUGGACAAAGACCGACGGCUCCGGCUACGAGCGCUAGAGUUGAUUGAGGAAAAAGGCCAUGACCGGCAAGGUGGCCAGAAUGAUUUCAAGAAGGCCCUCGAGGAUGUCGAGAAUGUGGAGAGAGAGAUGAAGAGUAUAGGAACCCUUAACAAGGGCAAGAAGAAGGAGGAAUCCGAGCUUGCGUCCAACACUGUACUCGACCUCGACCUUGUCAAAACAGACCCGGACAAGCUGUAUCCUAUUAUUUACUAUGCUCUGAAGCGGGUGCUGAAGGAGUGGGGAGAGGCAAUGGACGAGCGACCAGACCACAUCAAGAGAACACACCAAGGAAAACUGGCUGCUGCCACCCAAGUUCAAUCUGCAGAAUAUCUCAAGCCUCUCUUCAAGCAGUUACGUUCUAGGUCAUUACCCUCAGAUGUCCUAGCCCGUAUGGCUGAGAUAGUCCACCACAUGCAAAAGCGGCAAUAUCAACGCGCAAACGACGCAUAUCUGCGCCUGUCCAUCGGUAACGCCCCCUGGCCUAUCGGUGUGACCAUGGUUGGUAUACACGAACGUUCUGCCCGAGAGAAGAUCUCAUCAGAUCAAGUCGCGCAUGUGCUGAACGAUGAAGUCAGUCGCAAAUAUAUUCAGAGUCUGAAACGGCUCCUCACGUUCUCUCAGACUAAAUAUCCGCCGGAGGAUGUAUCUCAGUUGAUGGGAUGACUUGUCCGUCCUUGGUUUUCCGGGUCGUUUUUUUGGAGCCGCGGCCUUUCCGUUUACAUAAAGUUUAGUAUGCCUAUGAAUGG